GCUUUUCCUCUUUGUUUAUGGGAUUGGGGAAGCGAACACGCUGAUGGAGUCCUAGCAAGCAAGACGUUUGCCUAGUGGACUUGGGAUUCCACCUUCAGUGCUGAGCAACCCCUUCUUGCCAUUGCCUACCACAGCUCCAGCCCCCUGACAUGGCUGGGCUUUUAUGGCUCCAAGCCUGAGCACACAACCCGCCCUCCUCUAUUAGGGCAUUUUAUGUUGUGUUCUCUUCUGUGCACUUCCUUUUUGCUGUCCUUAGAGGUUAGUGUAAGAGGCUUUUGAACGCAUGGGAGAUGGGUCAGGACCAGACAAAGCAACAGAUAGAGAAAGGACUCCAUCUUUACCAGUCUAAUCAGACCGAAAAGGCCCUGCGAGUCUGGAUGAGGGUUUUGGAGAAGUCUGCGGAUCCUGCUGGCAGGUUUCGGGUUUUGGGUUGCCUCAUCACUGCUCACGCAGAGAUGGGCAGAUACAAAGAUAUGCUGAAGUUUGCAGUGGUACAGAUUGACACAGCACGGGAGCUGGAAGACCCGGAUUACCUUACAGAGAGCUACCUAAACCUGGCUCGCAGCAAUGAGAAACUCUGUGAAUUCCAGAAAACAAUCUCUUACUGUAAGACGUGCCUGAACAUGCAGGGUACCACUGUAAGCCUGCAGCUGAAUGGCCAGGUGAGCCUCAGCAUGGGCAAUGCCUUCUUGGGCCUCAGCAUUUUCCAGAAGGCUUUGGAGUGCUUUGAGAAAGCUUUACGCUACGCACACAACAACGAUGACAAGAUGCUGGAGUGUCGAGUCUGCUGCAGCCUCGGGAACUUCUAUGCCCAGAUAAAGGAUUAUGAGAAAGCCUUGUUCUUCCCAUGUAAAGCAGCUGAGCUGGUGAAUGAUUAUGGAAAGGGCUGGAGCUUGAAGUACCGUGCAAUGAGCCAGUAUCACAUGGCAGUGGCCUAUCGGAAGCUGGGGCGCUUGGCAGAUGCUAUGGACUGCUGUGAGGAGUCCAUGAAGAUUGCCCUGCAGCAUGGUGACCGGCCUCUGCAAGCGCUGUGCCUACUGUGCUUUGCAGAUAUCCAUCGCAGUCGCAAAGACAUGCAGACAGCCUUUCCUCGGUAUGAUUCCUCCAUGAGCAUCAUGACAGAGAUUGGAAACCGCCUGGGCCUGGUCCAGGUGCUGCUAGGAGUGACCAAGUGCUGGAUGAUCCAGAAGGAGCUGGAUAAGGCUCUGGAAAGCAUUGAAAAGGCACAGGAGCUGGCAGAGGGACUAGGGAACAAGCUUGGCCUGCUGAAGCUCCACUGCCUAUGUGAAAGGAUCUAUCGCACAAAGGGGCAGCAGCGAGAAUUGCGUGGCCAUGUAGUGAAGUUCCAUGAAUGCGUGGAGGAGAUGGAGCUGUACUGUGGCAUGUGUGGGGAGUCCAUUGGGGAGAAGAACAACCAGCUCCAGGCGCUGCCUUGCUCCCAUUUCUUCCACUUAAAGUAA